UAGUAACAGAUUCCUGGUUGUUUGUGUAGAGUGGCUACAGCCCACUCACUGCUCUUUGACUCUAUUACCCUUAUAAGGCAGGUGGCACCAUAGCAACCAGAGGGCUUGAAUAGCAGUGUCAAAUCCCUGAACACACACACACACAUGCUCACUCGCCCUCCACUACUCAGAGAGAGAGAGAGAGAGAGAGAGAGAGAAAGAACAGAGCGAGGCUUGUUGGCCAGUCACCACAGACGCUCGGGUCAGCUGUCUCUCCUGACCGUUGAAUCUCAUGAUUUACUGAUGAAUGGAGAAAAGCAGGGCACGGGAAGCAGUGGACGGCUAAAAGAGCUUAAGGUCGGUUCCUGGGAAUGCUGAGGCCCUCGAGAGCAUACGGCUGGACCAACCGGCACUGACAAAAACAAGAGGGCGAGGUGAGCUGUCCAACUCUGAACUGCUCAGUGAAUCAAAGGGAUCUUGAGAUCUUCACAGGGUUUUUUGGUUAGAGGACAUGAAGAAAAGCAACAGGGAUUGUGAUAUGACAAAAACUUGUCAGCCCGCUUGAAGGGAUUCGCUCCGGGGCGGAUCUGAAUUCUCAACGUGGGAAGGUUUCUCAAGCAGCUCCUGCUGGUGAACACAGAGAUGGCCAUGGUGAGCGGAGGAUGGGCCAACCCCAACGGCAGCGCGAAUGGACUCGGUGAGAAAGGUUACCUGCGGGGGGAGGAGGAGAACAGCUCGCCUCGGGUGGGGAACAGCGAUGCAGAAGGUGGCGAGGAGGACAAGGCCUGUGUGGUGGACUGUGUGGUGUGUGGGGACAAAUCCAGCGGCAAGCACUAUGGUGUUUUCACCUGUGAAGGGUGCAAGAGUUUCUUUAAGAGGAGCAUCAGACGGAACCUCAACUACACUUGCAGGUCAAACAGAGAGUGUCAGAUUGAUCAGCACCACCGUAACCAGUGUCAGUACUGCCGUCUGAAGAAGUGUUUCCGGGUCGGAAUGAGGAAAGAAGGUCAGCAAACAUCGGAAAAGUUCCAGCGUGGUCGAAUCCCUCCCUCCCAUGCAGGCAUCAGUCCAGCCUCCAUGGUUGGUGCAGGUGGUGAUGUUGGAGGAGGUCAGGGCAUGGGUGCUGAAUUCUUCAACGGUCAGCCGGUGUCUGAAUUCAUCUCUCAGCUGCUGAGAGCAGAGCCGUACCCCAACAGCCGCUACGGAGCCCAGUGCGGCCAGCAGCUCCCAGGAGGCAACAGCUCCGUCAUGGGCAUCGACAAUAUAUGUGAGCUGGCGGCCCGGCUGCUCUUCAGUACCAUCGAAUGGGUGCGGAAUAUUCCCUUCUUUCCUGAGCUGCCCGUGUCAGAGCAGGUGGCUCUUCUGAGGCUCAGCUGGAGUGAACUGUUCAUCUUGAAUGCAGCUCAGUCGGCUCUGCCGCUGCAUACAGCCCCUCUGCUGGCGGCCGCCGGCUUUCAUUCCUCCCCCAUGCCUGCUGACCGCGUCGUGUCCUUCAUGGACCAGGUGCGGGUCUUCCAGGACCAGGUGGACAAGCUGACACGAUUGCAGGUGGAUUCGGCUGAAUACAGCUGUCUGAAAGCCAUCGCUCUGUUCUCACCAGACGCGUGUGGGCUGUCAGAUCCGGUGCACAUCGAGAGCCUGCAGGAGAAAGCACAGGUGGCUCUGAACGAGUACGAGCGCAUGCAGUAUCCAGGUCAGCCGCAGCGCUUCGGGCGACUCCUGCUGCGACUGCCCGCCCUCAGAGCCGUUCCCGCCAACCUCAUCUCUCAACUCUUCUUCAUGCGGCUAGUUGGCAAGACGCCCAUUGAGACACUUAUCCGGGACAUGCAGCUCUCUGGAAGCUCCAUCAACUGGCCAUACGUGCCUGGACAGUAGAUGAACAAUCAGAGACUUGUUCCCAUGUCUCUUCUCAGGCUGCGACCAUGAUUCCACAGUAACGUGUUGAAUGUGGAUAGAUGUUGUGUUUCGGGUUUUGUUGAUUGUGUAUAUACUGUAUGUCUAAAAGAGGUUGACAUGUAUGUUCCUAUGCAGUUUCAAUGAGCCAUCCAGCACCAGGAUACCUCCUGUUUCAACAAAUUCUGUCGAGAAACAGACAGAGACAAACUGAUUAUGAAGAAGUCAGCUGAUAUCUGAUCCAAAGCUUUAAAGAAGUGUAUAAUUCCUUCUUUUUCAGUGAACUAUAUUAAAUCUUUAUAAGAGACUGCAUUCGUGAGAAAAUGGUUGGGUUAUAUAAUUGAAGAAUCAAUGGUGGCUAUGUUUAGAAUUGGAAUACUUGCACAAUACUGCUUUAUAUCGAAUAGUAUGUGAAACAGUAUGAAAUAUGCAAUAUUACAUACACCAAACCGUACUAUGCUUAAUUUUGAUCUCAUUAUAUUGCUUGUUUGUAGUGUAAAUAUGAUGCACUGUAUUAUAGGAUACAGUAUUCUGUACAGUGUGCUUUGGUUGCGUUCAGAAUACUUUCAGGUAUUACACACUAUGCACGGUUUACACACUAUACACCAAAAAGAAUAAGAGUGGUAUGGUAGUGUGCUAUUCUGAACAUAGACCAUGCCUUCGAUUGUCCUGUUUAAACAGUUCUGGUGAAUUUUUCAACGGGGUGGAGAAAUGGUAUCAACAUUUUCAUUGCUGACUGUUGGAAAUUUCAAGUAUUUUUGCAUAUUAAAAAUAAAAAUUAAUGAUAAACAUGCAGUGCUAGUCAAAUAAAUAAACUGCAAACAAGAAAAA